ACAUUUUUGUAGUCGGGAGAGACGUCGACCGAAGAAAACAACCACGACGACGGCCGCUUCGAAUCCGACCCCGACAAAGUUAGAAGGGUGGAAAAUUUGUGUUUUCCUAGUUUAUUUUUCGGUUUUUCUAAAGUAAUUACUAAUUAUUCUACUCCGAAGUUGUUGUUUUCUCGAUAUUGCAAAAGUGGUUGCUGGAAAUCUCGGUUGAAUUUUGCUGAAAAAAUGAUGACAGUGCAUAGUGAAAAGUGUCUGGAAAUGCAGCCCCUAAUGUGAAAAGUGCCUAAUGUAUUUUGUCGUCUGUUCAGACGGAGGAGUUAUAGAACAAUGGGAUAAUAUUAGGCACAAGGUGAAUUUCGUGGUGAUUUGCAGUUGAAUUGUUUGCAAUUAUCGUAGUGCUGUGAUAGUGUUAAGUUUCCCGGAAAAGUUUGCAAUUUCGUUCCCCCGCUUAGAAAUGGCCGUUAAUUUGCCUAAUGUAUUCAACAGAAAAUUAGUUAAAAGAAUGAUUAUAUAAUAUAAUAUGAAUAUAUGCUAAUAAAAUUAUAUAUACAAAUAAUAAAAUAUAUCGCAAGUUGAAUGAAUAGAGUUUAUAGUGUUAAUAUAUCUAAAAGAAACAAAUUUUUAUUGUAAUUGUUAAGCGUCUAUAAAUUUUAUAAAUAGUCUAUGCGUAAGUGAGAUAAAAUGAAUACCUACGAGUAAUUACGUGGUUUUUAAAUAAUUAAUAUGUUACCGCCGUCUACGCCUACUUCACCGUCCAUUUCGGAUUUUAAAAGUACUAAUUUACCGGGUAACCAUUGCGACGACGAUGAGCAGAACCGAACUUCCUUAGAAUGUUCCUUAAGUAGUAAUAGCGACACGACGGUAGAAUGUAAUUGUGACAGCGUAGAAACUUUUGAUGAGGAUACAUGUACACCAGUUCCUGCGCAUAAUAGCUUGCUUCUGCCAAACAUAUCGUUAACUGCGUCUGCUGCUACUUCGACGACUUCGAUUGAAGCAUCAUUAGCUGCAGCUAACGUUAGUGUUAGUCCAAAUAAUAGGGUGAUUGUGGAAAGUGGCUGUCGCGGAAAUGCACAAAACGUUUUCUCAGGAACACAAUCCGAGCUACCGAUAUCGCAGGAGCAUGAAGCCCACAAAGAAUGUCAUCAACGUCAGCAGUCGUUAUCCCUAGUCAUUAAAAUCAAGCCUAGACAGAGUUGCACAAAUCAUAUGCAGCGGGUGAUGCAGCAUUGCAAGAGUUCUGGAAUCGGCGAACCCAGCGUUUAUCAUGCCUUGGUUGUGAUAUUUUUAGAAUUUUUUGCAUGGGGUUUACUUACCAUGCCUGUCAUAUCCGUUCUUAAUCAAACCUUCCCGGACCACACCUUUCUGAUGAACGGAUUAGUAAUGGGAAUUAAAGGCAUCUUCUCGUUUUUGAGUGCUCCUCUCAUAGGGGCAUUAUCGGAUGUUUGGGGUCGAAAAUUUUUCCUUUUGAUUACUGUAUUUUUCACAUGUGCUCCCAUUCCUUUAAUGACCAUAAAUACAUUUUGGUUCUUCGCAAUGAUCUCGAUUAGUGGUGUGUUUGCAGUCACUUUCUCUGUAGUAUUUGCGUACGUUGCUGACGUUACAACCAUCGAAGAUCGCUCCAAAGCUUAUGGCUUGGUUUCGGCUACUUUCGCAGCGAGUUUGGUGAUUUCACCAGCACUUGGAGCCUAUUUAAUGGAACUAUAUAGUGACACUUUAGUUGUUGCAUUAGCCACAGCGAUAGCCGUCCUAGAUGUAUUCUUCAUUUUAGUGGCCGUGCCCGAAAGCUUGCCAGAAAAAGUGCGACCUAGUACAUGGGGAGCACCAAUUAGUUGGGAGCAAGCUGACCCAUUUGCUGCACUUCGCAAAGUUGGUACAGAUCAUACUAUUUUGAUGCAGUGUGUAACAGUAUUACUGUCCUACUUGCCAGAGGCUGGUCAAUAUUCCUGUAUAUUUGUCUAUUUGAAACUAAAGAUGGAUUUUACUUCCAUUGAGGUGUCAAUUUUUAUAGCUGUGGUCGGAAUCUUGAGUAUUCUCAUACAAUUAAUUUUAGGAUUUUUAAUGAAGGUGCUUGGUGCAAAACGUACAAUAAUAAUAGGUUUAAUAUUUGAAAUGAUGCAGCUGUUAUGGUAUGGCUUCGGUAGUAAAACAUGGAUGAUGUGGGCAGCCGGAGUUUUAGCAUCCCUAGGUUCAAUCACUUAUCCAGCCAUAAGUGCAUUUGUGUCAAUACACUCAAAUGCUGAUCGACAAGGCGUGGUUCAAGGCAUGGUGACAGGAAUGAGAGGUCUUUGCAAUGGUCUAGGACCGGCCAUGUUUGGUGUGAUAUUUUACCUAUUUCACGUUGACCUAAAUGACGACCACAGCUUAAUGCAUUCGGUGGACAAGGCGAUUCGUCGAAACGAAACAUUACAUCCGGAUUCGUAUGCACAAUUGGCACCUGGACCGCCUUUUGUUUUUGGGGCCUUUAUGGUCGUAUGUGCUAUCCUAGUCGCUGUAUUCAUACCUGAAGGUCCUACGGAGCUAGCUAUAAGAAGAUCAUCGAGUGAGAAGAAAAGAGUAUCGUUAGAUGUUCAUUACGAAAUUGAACAGGGUCGAAAAGUUCAUAGUCCCUUAUCACCAUUAAUGCGAUCCGAUUCAUCAGCGCAACUGUAGUCUCCUUUUUGUAGAUAUUUAUUAUUAAGGGAUGUAAAGAAAAAUGAAAUGUUUAUAUAAUUUAGACCAUUCACAUUACUUUCUCUUGUAAAGAACUUUUAAUAAUCACGUAUCUUAUUUCUUUUUUAAUUGUUGCACACAAAAUACCGUAAACAUCGACCCUAUUCGUCAUAUAACUUGGUUACGUAUUGCUGUAGAUUUUAUAGUAAAGCGAUCAGAUGAUACAGCAACUUAAGAGAAGGGGAAGCACCAUGAUGAGGGGUGAAAUUUGCGAUUGCGCAGAGCGGAACUGGCAAAUUUGACAUGUGGUAGUUGACAAGAGAAUAAGAAAACAAAUAACGUUAAAAAUCACAAUGAUUUUGAAUAGAAGUUUGGAUAUCAGUUGAAAGUAGUUUAUAGUUUCCGUUGCUUUCCUUGAAACCAGUUGACUUUUGGAAACACUGGAAUCUAUGAAACAGAACAGUAAUUAUACUUAGCAACUAUCUUGUAAUUGUUGUUUGCGUUAGAUACAUAGAGUUAUAUUUUUCAAGAGAGAAAUCAGUGUUACAUGAAGAUUUCAAACCAAGUAAUUAGAUAAUUUUAAGUAAAUUGAUCUGUUAAGCCGCUCCAGGUUUUAACCCACAGGAAACGAAGAAACUUUAGAUGUAUAUAUUUAUUUAACGACACCAAAUUAUUAUUUUAAGACUUUGAAAAGGUGGUCCACUUUGUAUUACGAAAACUUUCUAUUGAUUUAGUUCGAAAUGUAGAUUAUUGAACAGAUGAAUAUGAUCACAUAUUUUGAUACUAGUCCACGCGUUUUUGAAUAGAGAGUGAUGCAAAUUUUGCCUGUUUUCCUUGUGUUGUGGAUGUCAUUUUCAUACCAUCAAGUUUACUACUUAAAUGAAUCUGAGGAUGCUGAAACUCUUUGGGUACAUUCCAAAUCAAUCAUUUCGAAGAAGAUAUCAUUUACUACGCCAAAGAAAAUUACUUCAUAUCUUCCCCUAUUUUCGCUUAUGUUGUAUAAUUCGGUAAUAAAUUGCGAAUAAAAGGGGAAAUAAAAAAUGCAUGUGGCCGUUUGACCCAUUCUAUUCCGCUUUUAUCAUGAUUUUGUAUUGCUUUGAUCACACGUGUGAAUAUUUGAAAUUUCAAUUUAGUUCCUGCAAAUGGCUGAGUAGUAAUAUUGGAUGAAUUGUCUGCUAUCACUUCAAAAGUGCUACGAUGCUCUUUUGAUAAUGAUUAAAGUUUGUGAUGGCCGAGCCUUAAUAAUAAGGGCGGGUGCGAACUGAUAGUCUAGCUGAGUGAAAUGAUGUGAACGCCCCAUAAAGACCGUUUAUAAUUGCCCUGAGAAUACGCUGCAAUGCCUUUAACACCCGUUUUCGCAUUUUUGCGUGACUCUCAUCGCACUAUUAAGGUGAUAGUUGCGCAUACACUCUUGAAAAUGGCAAGUAUUAAAGCACGGUGUUCCUGCCACAGAAGUUUCGGCAUUCAAGUAGUAGCUUACACAAUUUACUGUGCGGCAAAAUUUGUGGUGAAAUCUUAAAAUAGAGAAUUGUGUCCGCCUUCACUUAAUGGGGGUCGAAGGUAUUUUGUUUUUUUAAUUUCAUUUGAGUUUGUUGAGUACGGAAAUGAUGAUCACACCAAAUUUAUUCAGAGCAAUUCACAUGGUAAUAUAUGAAGCCUAAAUUUUUCUUUGCCUAUGUUAAUGCCAUUGGUUAUAAAUUGGAAAAAUACAGGCAUUUCCGAGCUGCGUGUUGUAUCUUACCUGCUACGAUGCUUGCCAUUAAAUUACAUCAAAAGUUCACCCUAAAUCACGUACAUAUACAUGUCGUCCGCUUCCGGUUUGGAUGUUAUACGUUUGUUACUUCAUGACUUCUUCCACUGAUACGUAAGCUGACACCUACCCUUGAAUUUGCACACUCGUCUCAUGUACGCUUUUUGUGAUUUGAUUUACCCUGGAUAGCAACAACAGUUGUGUGCGAUCACUUUUUAUAUCGAAUGAAUGAUUUAAGAAAGUAUUAUGAAGCUCAUGUGAUGAAAAAAUAUUGUACAAGGAAUGAUAAUUUAUGAAAUCACAUUUUGUUAUUGGAAAUGAUUUGUCGUCUGUAACAGGUUUCUUAUAGAGCACUGUUAUUUUUCAAAGAAACACGAUUGUGUAUAUAAGUGUAGAGAGAUUUUUGUGCGCUAGAAAUUGUAAAUAACGCUAAUGAAAUAUUAGCAGAAAAAUAUGAUCGGAUGAAGAAGUGAAAGUAAACUUUACGAAAAGCUAACUAUAUUUUUUUAAAACAUAUUUAGACAUUAUUUUUAAGUUCUUGAGAAAUGCCGACACGAUUUGAAAGAAUGUCGAACUUGCCCGGGAAAGGAACCAACUAAACUGACGGCCCAAAGAAGCGUUACGGAAUCGUCUACAGAAACUGCCCGUAUCCUGGGGCAAAGUUCGCUUUUUUGGAGGUUUCAGUACUGCGGGUCGAAAACAAUUCCGUAAUGUUCCUUGUUAGCAAGAACCAUUGAUGAAAAGUUUCAAUUUGUAUUCCGUGGCUCUAAAGUUCUUUGCUCCCAAAUAUGAGAAUAGUUUCCUUUUGACGUUAAAUUUAAAGAAGAAAUUGCAGUAAAUCAAGUCAAUUCCACAGCAAAAAAUUGGUAGAAUGGAUUUUUAUUGUUCAAAUCAAUCCUUGAAUGCAUUAAUCUGCAAUAGUCACCUAGACGCUUCUCGCUGCCAAAAACAAUAGAAGUCGUAUUAACGAAAAUACUUCCAAACUAUUUUUGAUGAAAAAGGGAAAUCGAACAGAAGCAUUAGAAUGUUAAAGAUGUUUUGAAAUCUUGCAAAUUUCUGUUAAUACUUCCUGCAAAGGAUACACUUAUAGAAAUUAUUUUAUUUUUAAGAGAGAUGACCGCAAAGAAUUUAUAAUUGAAUAAAUGCUGCAGGCGAAAAUGUUAUAUCAA